AUGAACCGCUUUGCUCUCUGCUUCUUCGUUGUGCUCUGCGCCGCCAGCGCGGCCAUGGGCCAGAGGUGCCCCGGCUCGGACUUCUUCCCCGACCAGCGCGGCUGCUGCCCCGUCGUGGUCAACUCGGUCCCCUUCUACGCCGACGCCCAGGGCUGCUUCCCGCGUAUCAUCAGCGGCGUCGCCUUCUACGCCGAUGCCGGCGGCUGCUACCCCAGCUCGGCUGGAGUGUACAGGAGCGCCGGUGCGGUGUGUCCGGCCGACCGCGUGUGCGAGCCCGAGUGCCCGGACAUGGCGAUCGUCGUGGCCGAGCAGCAGGGUGGUGCGCGCCUGUGCGCCAACGGCUUCUUCAGCGACGUCAACGGCUGCUGCCCCCGGGUGCUGGUCGACAACGUGCCCUCGUACCGUGACGCUCAGGGCUGUUACCCGAUCUCGAUCGCCAGCGUGAUCUUCUACGCCGACGUCGGCCGGUGCUACCCCAACUCCUCGGGCGUGUACCGUCCCGCCGGCGCAGUGUGCCCCGCCGGCCAGCAGUGCGUGGUCAGCUGCGACCGCAACUACGCCUGA